AUGGCAGAAGCAGUCAAAGCAGCAGCCCGCCAAUUACCAGGCUUCAGACUAGGCCAAAAACAAGUCUUUCUCCCCAACCAUGUAAUCACCUUUCUCCGAAAAGAACACCUCCCACCCAACGAAGCCUGUUUCCAGGUCCCGCUGCGGUUCACAAAAUUCGAUCUCCGCGACUACCUAUGGAACCUGUACAACGUGGAAGUGACCAAGGUGCGGUCCUUCGUCAAGCAACAGCCCCUCACGCAACGAAACUCGCACUCCCGGUCGUGGUACCGCCCGCAACCGCUGAAGAUCAUGACGGUCGAGCUGGCCAAGCCGUUUCAGUGGCCGGAGGCGCCGAGUAACUUGGAGCCGUGGAACCACGAGCUCUGGAAGAUGAGGGAGGACAUGAUGGAGAAGAGGAACGACGAGCAGAUUCGGCAGCACAAGUUUGAGAUUGCGAUGAAGAGCAAGGAGGAGAUGUCGAAGGAGAGGAAGGAGCUGAAGGGGCUGGCGGAGAGGAUGGUUAGAGGGGAGGUUAAGUGGGAUAAUGGGGUGGCUUUGGAUCCUAAGUGGGAUGAGGUGCUGAAGGGGGCGGAGAAGAAGGAGGCUGCUUAA